AGCAUAACUCACUCGGAGACCCUUAAAUACAUACUCCCGACUCCCGAAGCAGUAGUACUGUCAUUUCUGUCUCCAAACCAGAAAAGAAACCAGAGAGAAGAAGACGCGAUGAUGACGACGAUGAUGAUGAAGCUCAAGUUCUCGUGCAUCUUCUUGUUGUUUGCGCUCCUCGUCCUGCUUGCUCCAUCUGCCGAGUGCAGGUGCGACAGCUCGACCGAAACCCAGUUCCCUGAUCUCGAGAAAUCUUACGGUAGCGCUAAGCACCAAGCUCUCAAGUACAAGCUGGCGGCCAUCUUCUCCAUCCUCGCCGCCAGCUUCCUCGGCGUAUCGCUUCCUAUUCUAGGGAAGAAGCUCCCCUCCCUCCACCCCGACAACCCCAUCUUCUUCCUCGUCAAGUCCUUCGCCGCCGGCGUCAUCCUCUCCACGGCCUUCGUCCACAUCCUCCCCGACGCCUUCGCCAGCCUCGCCAGCCCCGCCCUCGCCGACACCCCCUGGCACAACUUCCCCUUCGCUGGGUUCAUCGCCAUGCUCGCGGCGAUCGGGACGAUGAUGGUCGACACCUUCGCGACCAGCUACUUCGAGCGGUCGCAUUUCGGGAAGGCGGCCGACGAGGUGCUGCAGCCGCCGGCGGCUGCGGCGGGGAAGGGGGAUGAGGAGAUGGACAUGCACGAGGGGCACGUGCACGUGCACACCCAUGCGACUCAUGGACAUGCGCACGGCUCCGCCCACGACUCCAAGUCCUCACAGCUCACAAGGCAUCGCAUCAUUUCUCAGGUACUGGAAUUGGGGGUGGUGGUCCAUUCAGUGAUAAUAGGAGUAUCACUAGGAGCAUCUGAGAGUCCUAGAACCAUCAAGCCUCUCGUUGCAGCAUUAACCUUUCACCAGUUAUUUGAAGGCAUCGGACUUGGAGGGUGCAUUUCUCAGGCGAAGUUCAAGUCCCGGAAAAUAGUGGCGAUGAUGGCGUUCUUCUGUCUCACGACGCCAGUAGGAAUUGGAGUGGGAAUGGGUAUGUCAAGCAUAUAUGGGGAGGGCAAGCCGAGCGCCCUCAUCGUGGAAGGGUCGCUCAACUCUGCAUCGGCUGGGAUACUGACUUACAUGGCACUCGUGGAUCUGAUUGCAGCCGAUUACAUGAACCCCAUCAUGCUCCAGAAUCUCAAGCUCCAGAUGGGUGCAAAUCUCUCCCUCCUCUUGGGCUCUGCCUCCAUGUCUCUCUUGGCCACCUGGGCAUAGAACAUGGCAAAUGCAUCUGUCUUUGUUUGUCCAAAUAAGACCCUGCAAUCUUUUUGUACAAUUUUUCAAGGUCUUUCCUCUAUUCCAUCCACAAAGAUUUACAUAGUAGUUUUCUUUC